GAUUGCAUAAGAGCACACUGUACAGCACAGAACUGAAAACUUCUAGCAUUUAUCACCUAGUGAUUUCUCCUGGUGUUAGCGGAAAAGACCUUACUCCUGCUUCCAUAAAAGGAAAGAAAAUGACUGGAAGAGCUAGAGCCAGAGCGAGAGGAAGAGCUCGCAGCCAGCAAAGUGCUGUACCUCCUGUAGGAGCAACUUCUGGUCAGCCACCACCUAGACCUCUGCAGCCUCAACCAGAACCUCCAGCAGAGGGAAAACUAGUUGGUCGUGGACGACUAAGAGGAGCUGCUGUUCCAAAAUCACAAGCACUGGGAGACAGGGGUGGACAUCGUCGAGAUUUCCAUGAUCUUGGGGUAAAUACUCGGCAAGCAAUAGAACAUGUUAGAGAGUCAAAAACAGGUACUUCAGGUACUACGAUAAGAUUGAGUACGAACCAUUUUCGGUUGAUCUCUCGUCCACAGUGGGCUUUAUAUCAAUACCAUGUUGACUAUAAUCCUCAAGUGGAAGCUCGCCGUCUUCGCUCAGCUUUGCUCUUUCAGCAUGAACAACCAAUUGGGAAGACACAUGCAUUUGAUGGAACAAUGUUGUUCUUACCCAAAAAGCUAGAAAAUAAGGUUACUGAAGUGUUCAGUCGGACCCGAAAUGGAGAGAAUAUUAAGAUUACUAUCACCUUGACCAAUGAGCUGCCACCUACUUCACCUACAUGCCUGCAGUUUUACAAUAUUAUUUUUAGAAGGCUUUUGAAAUUAAUGAACUUGCAGCAAAUUGGACGUAAUUAUUAUAAUCCAAAUGACCCAAUCAGCAUCCCCAAUCACAGGUUGAUGGUUUGGCCAGGCUUCACUACUUCUAUUCUCCAGUAUGAGACAAACAUCAUGUUGUGUACGGAUGUGAGCCAUAAAGUUCUGCGCAGUGAAACCGUGUUGGAUUUUAUGUACACUCUAUAUCAGCAGGUUGAAGAACAAAGAUUUAGAGAAACCUGUGCUAAGGAGCUGAUAGGGCUAAUUGUUCUUACAAAGUAUAACAACAAAACAUACAGAGUUGAUGAUAUUGACUGGGAUUCCAAUCCGAAAUGCACCUUUAGGAAAACAGAUGGUUCUGAAAUCAGCUUUGUAGACUACUACAAAAUGCAAUACAACCAAGAUAUCACUGACUUGAAUCAACCAGUUUUGGUCAGUCAACCUAAGAGGAGGAGAGGGCUAGAAGGUGUCUCGUCAGGACCUGUAAUACUCAUUCCUGAAUUGUGCUACCUCACAGGAUUGACAGAUAAGAUGCGUAGUGAUUUUAGUGUGAUGAAAGAUUUGGCUGUUCAUACAAGACUGACACCUGAGCAAAGAAAGCAUGAAGUUGGAAGACUCAUUGAAUACGUUCACAAGGAUGAUAAUGUUCAGAAGGAACUUUGUGCCUGGGGUUUGAGUUUCGAUUUAAAUUUACUAUCCUUUACGGGAAGAGUUGUCCAAGCAGAAAAGAUUCACCAAGCAGAAAAAGUG